AGAUCGUCUCCAAGGUUCGGACCGCCUCAGGACCCUUAUCGUUGUCGCUCUUUGUUCUUGAUGAGGUUUAAUUUUCUUGGUUUGAUGGCGACUUGACCUCAUUUUUCUCCUUGUGAUAUCUUCCCUUCUGCUCAUGUCGUCCCUCCUAUCCUAUUUUGGUUGGGCUAUCCUUCCAAACUAUGUCACCUCUAUUGUCCAAAGCGUCUACUAUGGCAUCACGAUCCGCGCCGGCGAACCUCGUCCCCAGCCCGGCACCCCGCGCUAUGCGCGACACCGCCGUCGCAUUUACAUCCUGGUCGUGACCAGCUAUCUUCUCUACACCCUCUACGAGACCUUCCACCGUGUGCAAGUCGCCGGUGACUUCUACCGUGCCCUUGGUGUCUCGCCCUCGCCGACGAACCACCAUCCGGAUAAGGUCGGCGGCGAUGCCUCGGACAGCUACUUUGUGUAUUUGAAGCUAGCUCAGGAUACCCUCCUCGAUCCCGCCAAGCGCGUCGCCUACGAUAUGUACGGCCCGGAUAUGCUGAAAUGGGGCAACCUGAAAACGUUGCAGGAGUUUGCCCUGGCCGGGCUGCAGCGGACCCUGCCGAAGUAUCUGAUCGGGUUGGUCACGAUCGUGGUGCUACAGUUUACCUAUUGGUCGGAGUGGGGUCGCUAUUGGCGCUACUUCACCUUUGCUGCGCUUCUUACCCUCGAAUCAAUCCUUCUCACCCGUCCUGCGGCUUUUAUGGUCCCUGGAGGAUAUAUCCCCCCCGGGUUGCACGGGCUGUUGGGACUCUCGUCGAAGGGCGCCGAGUUCUAUCUCUUGCCGUUUCAGAUUUUGACCCUCGCGCAGCGCGCCUCGGUCACCCUGCACAUAUUCAUCUCGCAGCUCACGCCGCCGGAGAUCAGGAAAGGGUCGUCUGGUCCUGAUGAGCGCCUUAAUCCACAGACCAUUCAGCGGCUGGGACAGCUGGUGCAGCUCUCGCGCGCGACGGACGGCGAGGCGACCCGGCUGAUGCAGUUGGGGUUUGCGCCGUUCAAGGGUGAUCGUGAGGGCGUGACCACGCUGCGAAAGGGUAUGAAGGAGGCGCUGGUGCUGGGCAGCGUUCGGGCCAGUGCCGGGGUGCAGCAAGCGGUUGCGGAGGUGAUUCGGCGGAAGAAGCAGGGGAAGGCAGAUUAAGUGGUGGGCGAAAUUGUGGGUUUUUCCUUUCGUUACUGAUUAUAUAGUAGAAUACAUACGAAUUUUAUUU